AUGUCUUGGCAAGCAUACGUCGACGAUCAACUACUAGCCACUGGGAAAGUCACCAAAGCUGCUAUUUUGGGUAAGCAAGGUGGGAUAUGGGCCUCGAGCGCGGGAUACAAUCUCUCGGGGAAAGAACAAGACGUAAUUGUCAAAACUGCAUUUACCGCUCCUGAUGAAGUCCGAGGAAACGGCCUCAUUCUCUCCGGGUUCAAAUUCAUGGUAGUUCGAGCUGAUACAGAUGAGGUCAUUGGUAGGAAAGGCGAACGAGGCGUUUUUGUCAUCCCUACAAAACAGGCUAUCCUCGUUGCCGAGUACGACGCACCGAUCCAAGCGGGAGAUGCAAAUGUUGUCGUUGCCAAAUUAGCCGACUAUUUGAAAAGUGUUGGUUAUUAG